AUGGCAGAACGGGCGUUCAAGAGUUCCAAUAUUGGACCCCCCGAAACGCCUGAUCGGCAAGCCGGGCUGAUUACAGCCUCUACCACGGUGAGGCUGGUCCGCCUACGUCGUGUCGAAUAUGCCGAUCCGACUCCUUCAGAAGAUGGGGUGGAGACGCCUGCGGCGACCCCUAACCCGCCGCCGGCAACCAACUCCGAAGAAUUGCAACUGAGGAGAUUGGAUCUCAAACAUCAAAAGAUUGAUUUAGAACUUCAAAAAGAGAGGUGCAAAGAACUGCAGCUUCAACUUCAAUUGGAGGGGCUCCGCGCUCAGAAUGACAGGGCCGCGAUGCCCGCAAAUCCGCCGGCAGGUCGACCAUCGGCAUGGGAUCUGAACUUGAGGUCCUGA